GAGGAGCCGGGCGCGAUGGAGCGGAAGAGGUGGGAGUGCCCGGCGCUCCCGCAGGGCUGGGAGAGGGAAGAAGUGCCCAGAAGGUCGGGGCUGUCGGCCGGCCACAGGGAUGUCUUUUACUAUAGCCCCAGUGGGAAGAAGUUCCGCAGCAAACCCCAGCUGGCGCGGUACCUGGGGGGCUCCAUGGACCUGAGCACCUUCGACUUCCGGACGGGCAAGAUGCUUGUGAGCAAGAUGAACCGGAGCCGCCAGAGGGUCCGCUACGACUCUGCCAGCCAGGCCAAGGGCAAGCCGGACCUGAACACGGCCCUCCCCGUCAGACAGACGGCGUCUAUCUUCAAGCAGCCGGUGACCAAGAUCACCAACCACCCCAGCAACAAGGUGAAGAGUGACCCACAGAAGGCCGUGGAGCAGCCUCGGCAGCUUUUCUGGGAGAAGAAGCUGAGUGGUCUCAAUGCCUUCGACAUCGCCGAGGAGCUCGUCAAGACCAUGGACCUCCCCAAGGGCCUGCAAGGCGUGGGGCCAGGCUGCACGGACGAGACCCUGCUGUCGGCCAUCGCCAGCGCCCUGCACACCAGCACCAUGCCCAUCACCGGGCAGCUCUCCGCCGCCGUGGAGAAGAACCCUGGGGUGUGGCUGAACACGGCCCAGCCCCUCUGCAAGGCCUUCAUGGUGACCGACGAGGACAUCAGGAAGCAGGAGGAGCUGGUGCAGCAGGUGCGCAAGCGGCUCGAGGAGGCACUAAUGGCCGACAUGCUGGCGCACGUGGAGGAGCUGGCCCGGGACGGCGAGUCACCGCUGGACAAGGCUGGUGCCGACGACGACGACGACGACGACGAUGACGACGACGACGACGAGCCCGACCAGGACCAGGAGAUGGAGCACGUGUAAAGCAGAGGCUCCGUGGAGGCCUGCAUGCGGGGAGCCCCCUGCAGACUCCGCUGUCUCUACACUUGGACCAGGCUCUGGGGCCCGGCCCACCAGGCCGGGGAUGAUGGCAGCCCCUCCUAGGCCUUCCCAGGCGUAUCCCCUCCCCCGGGUCCAUGGGGGCACGGCUGGAGGACAGUUCCUGCCUGACGGGCCCCCCAUGUUUGCUCUCCUCUGAAGGGUCUGGGUCCAGAAGCGCCCGUCGCCCUGGGCCUGGCUGCAGUGGGCCCUCCUUGGAGCCCUCCCCCCACCCUGGACUCGGGGCCGGCCUCGUCCCCACGGCCACAUCACACAGGACAGCUGCCGCGGGGCGGCCUGUGAGGGUCCCCAAGGGGCUGGAGAAAUGUUUUUUGGAACAGUCUUGCUCCUUGCUCCUAGCGUGUGAGGGACGCUGCUCCAGGGUCCGCACGUUAGCCCUCCAGGAAGGGGGUGCGGGAAGGCUGCCCUGCGCGCCCACUGGCAGGCGAGGCCAUGACCGCUCCGAGCUCAUCUGAAGGCAAACGCACAGCCCAGACGUUUUCCUUCGAUAAACCCAUGUACAAACGA